AUGAACUGCGAGAUGGUGGGCUUCCCUGACGGGAGCUGGGAGCUCGCGCUGAUCUGCGUCGUCAAUUUCUUCACGGGCGAGAAGCUGAUGCACACCUUUGUCGACCCUGGACAGGGUAUAAGCGACUGGCGAACUUCAGGAUGGAGAGAAGCCCGGGAGGAGCUCUUCCGGCCUGUAGACGACACCAUCAUCUUCCUAGGAAAUACGCUCUUCCACGACCUUGCGGUGCUGCGCAUCCAUGCUUCGCUCGUCGUCGAUUCGGUCAUACUGACAGCAGAGGCCAUUUUCGGCAAGAAUGCCAAAUUUUCACGCUUGCGGAGCUUGAAAGAUCCGAAUCUUGAUAUCUGCAGUUUGAAUAUACAGCAGCAAGCAUCUGGCGGGCAUGAUUGUCUGGAAGACACGCUGGCCAGCAAAGAGGUUGUUUUGAGAUGCCUCUUAGAAACAGCUCGGCUUCGUGCAUGGGCUAUCCAGGCCGACCCAAUAGGGCCAGUGUGUGUUGGUGUUUUCUACCACGUCGCCACCGUUUUGGUUACCGAUGAUAGAGUAGCCCGGGUAGGUAGUCUCUCAAGACUUACGCUGCUGUUCCUCGGUCAGGGGCCCCAGGCAUCAGGUAUCCUCAAGAUGGAUCUCCUGACUGGCACAUAUGCUCUAAUUGAGCGCUGUUUCUGUCGGCGAGGUGGUGUAGCCCCGUGGUAA